AUGGCGCCGAAACCCGGAAAGAAGCCAGUUGGCGAUGGCGAUGCGGGGAAAAAGCAUCGCAAGGGAUUCAGAGUCGGCCCGGAUAACUUACCUGACGGGCCCUGGCGUCGCAAAGUAACGAAAAUCAAGAAGGAUCUGAUUCACAAGGCCAAGGUGAAAAAGGCCUAUGCCAAGAUCAAGGAACGUGAGCAAAAAGACGCUGCCGACGGCGAGGCCGAGCAGCAGGACGAUGACGCCGGCAGCCAGGAUGAGAACGAGGUUGAUGGCGGCGGCAGCAAGGAGGUCAUGCACCCCACGCGGGAGCUCAUGAUCAAGGACGAGGAGGUUGCGCAGAACUCGGCCCACGGCGAGCGCGACGGCGCCAGCGACGGGCAGCGCCGUCGCACGCGGCGACCGGGCUACUACGACAAGCAGCUGGCGCGGGCCGCGGAGCGCAGGGCCGAGACGGAGCGGCUCGCCCUCGAGCGCCAGGAGCGGGUGGCCGAGCGAAUGGCGCGGGUGGCCGAGAGGGACCGCUUUAAGAGGGCUAUGGCUAAGACGGUCGGGCGCGAUGGCAAGAAGAAGCUGGGCCGCGAGAGCGGCAUCCUGCUCGACAAGGUGAAGAAGAUGGUAGCGGGGAGCAAGUAA